AUGGCGGAAUUCGUUCGCGCGCAGAUCUUUGGAACGACGUUUGAGAUAACGUCGAGAUACUCCGACCUCCAGCCUGUGGGCAUGGGAGCUUUUGGACUCGUUUGCUCUGCCAGAGAUCAGCUCACCAACCAAAAUGUCGCCGUCAAGAAGAUUAUGAAGCCCUUCAGCACUCCCGUCCUUGCCAAGCGUACCUACCGUGAGCUCAAACUUCUCAAGCACCUCCGACAUGAGAAUGUCAUUUCUCUGAGCGACAUUUUCAUUUCUCCCCUCGAAGACAUCUAUUUCGUCACCGAGCUCCUAGGAACCGAUCUUCACAGACUUCUCACAUCGAGACCACUCGAGAAGCAAUUCAUCCAAUACUUUUUGUACCAGAUCAUGCGCGGUCUCAAAUACGUCCACUCGGCCGGCGUCGUUCAUCGUGACCUGAAACCUAGCAACAUCCUCGUCAACGAAAACUGCGAUCUGAAGAUUUGCGACUUUGGCCUCGCUCGAAUCCAGGACCCUCAGAUGACGGGCUAUGUUUCCACCCGAUACUACCGCGCUCCCGAGAUUAUGCUCACAUGGCAAAAAUAUGACAUCGAGGUCGAUAUUUGGAGCGCAGGCUGCAUCUUCGCCGAGAUGCUUGACGGCAAGCCGCUGUUCCCUGGCAAGGAUCACGUCAAUCAGUUUUCCAUUAUUACGGAACUCCUUGGAACACCUCCCGAUGAUGUCAUCAACACCAUUGCCAGUGAAAAUACUCUACGAUUUGUCAAGUCGCUCCCUAAGCGCGAACGCCAGCCUCUCCGUAACAAGUUUAAGAACGCGGACGAUUCUGCGAUCGACCUGAUGGAGCGCAUGCUUGUCUUUGACCCGAAGAAGCGAAUCACGGCCGCCGAGGCGCUUUCGCAUGAUUACCUUGCUCCUUACCACGAUCCCACUGAUGAGCCCGUGGCGGAGGAGAAGUUUGAUUGGAGUUUCAACGAUGCUGAUCUUCCUGUAGAUACCUGGAAGAUUAUGAUGUACUCUGAGAUCCUCGACUACCACAAUGUCGAGGCCGGCGCAUCCGGCCUCGACGAGGGCGCCAUUCCUCCACAAUAG